UUCAGAUAAUAUGGAUGCAAGUGAACUCAAGCAGUUUUUUGAGACCAACUAUUCUCAGAUAUACUUCAUCUUCUAUGAAAAUUUUAUAACACUGGAAAAUAGUUUAAAAUUAAAAGGGAAUAAUAAGUCACAAAGGGAGGAGCUGGACUCUAUUCUCUUUCUUUUUGAAAAAAUACUACAGUUUCUACCUGAACGCAUUUUCUUUCGAUGGCAUUACCAGAGUAUAGGCUCAACUUUAAAGAAGCUUCUACACACUGGAAAUUCUGUUAAGAUAAGAUGUGAAGGAAUCAGGCUGUUUCUUCUGUGGCUUCAAGCACUUCAGACAAACUGUGCAGAAGAGCAGGUGCUGAUUUUUGCUUGCCUCGUGCCUGGUUUCCCAGCAAUCUUGUCCUCCAGAGGACCCUGUACUCUGGAGACACUCAUCAAUCCGAGCCCUAGUGUAGCUGAUGCAAAGAUAUAUCCAGAGGAGAUCACUCCACUCCUGCCAGCCGUAUCUGGGGAAAAGAUUGCUGAGGACCAAACAUGCUUUUUUCUACAAAUACUGUUGAAAUAUAUGGUUAUUCAGGCUGCAAGCUUGGAGUGGAAAAAUAAGGAGAAUCAAGAUACUGGUUUUAAAUUUCUUUUUACAUUGUUUCGAAAGUAUUAUCUUCCUCAUUUAUUUCCAUCAUUUACUAAGUUAACAAACAUCUACAAACCUGUACUUGAUAUUCCCCACUUAAGACCAAAGCCAGUGUACAUUACCACGACUCGAGACACUGAAAACAUUUACAGUACAAAAAUUCCAUACAUGGCAGCUCGUGUUGUUUUUAUUAAGUGGAUUGUAACUUUCUUUUUGGAAAAAAAGUAUCUAACUACAAUACAAAACACUAAAAAUGGAGUUGAUGUAUUGCCUAAAAUCAUGCAGACUGUUGGUGCUGGUGCAGUGCAAGAGAGGGCACCGGAGCUGGAGGGUGGCGGGCCUGCAGAGCCAGACAAGAACCAUUCAAACAGCAGCACCUUGUCGGACCGGAGGCUCAGCAACUCUAGCCUCUGCAGCAUUGAAGAAGAGCACCGGAACGUGUAUGAAAUGGUGCAGCGCAUCCUCCUGUCAACGCGAGGUUAUGUCAAUUUUGUGAAUGAAGUAUUUCGCCAGGCAUUUUUGUUGCCUUCCUGUGACAUAGCUGUAACAAGAAAAGUAGUCCAAGUGUACAGAAAGUGGAUCCUCCAGGACAAACCUCUGUUCAUGGAGGAACCAGAUCAAAAGGAAGUUACCCAAGAAGAUGCUGAAAAAUUAGGAUUUUCUGAGACUGACAGCAAGGAGACUGCACCUGAAAGUUCCGGUCAUAAGCGGUCUUCCAGUUGGGGACGAACAUAUUCCUUCACGAGUGCGGUGAGCAGAGGGUGUGUGGCAGAAGAGGAGAACAAGAGCGUGAAAGCCGGGGCCCAGGCUGUGCUGCAGGUGUUUUUGACAAAUGCUGCAAAUGUCUUUUUGCUGGAACCAUGUGCUGAAGUCCCCAUACUCUUGAAAGAACAAGUUGAUGCUUGUAAAGCUGUUUUGAUUAUUUUUAGGCGUAUGAUAAUGGAGCUUUCAAUGAAUAAAAAGACAUGGGAACAGAUGUUGCAAAUACUGCUCAGGAUAACAGAAGCUGUCAUGCAGAAGCCAAAGGAAAAGCAAAUAAAAGACUUGUUUGCCCAGAGCUUGGCAGGGUUACUGUUUAGGACACUCAUUGUGGCCUGGAUCCGAGCAAACCUCUGUGUGUACAUUUCUCGAGAGCUCUGGGACGAAUUUCUUGGUGUGCUGUCCUCCCUCACACAGUGGGAGGAGCUCAUAAACGAGUGGGCCAACAUCAUGGACUCCUUGACAGCAGUGCUUGCAAGAACUGUUUAUGGAGUGGAGAUGACAAACCUACCUCUGGACAAAUUAAGUGAACAAAAGGAAAAGAAACAACGAGGCAAAGGCUGCGUUCUAGAUUCUCAGAAAGGAACCACUGUGGGGAGAUCCUUUUCUCUCAGCUGGCGGAGCCACCCAGAUGUGACCGAGCCAAUGAGAUUUAGGAGUGCCACCACAUCUGGGGCACCAGGAGUUGAGAAAGCAAGAAAUAUCGUUCGCCAAAAAGCAACUGCUAAGAGAAGCCAGUCUAUCAGCAACUGUGUCCAACUUUCUGAGGCUUUGCCUGCCACUAAAAGCGUCCCGCUCCUCCUUCACACCGUGAGCGCUCUCUUACCUGGUCUCUCUUACUCCUCUUGCUCUCACAGGCUGUCAGAAAUGGAAGAAUGUCAGCAGUCAGAAAAUGCACCUGCAGUCGAGUCUGGCCACCUGGUGGCAGAGCAGCAACCGCGGUUCCUGCGGAGCAGCAGCACACCUGAUGUCACUGAGCCGCUGUGCUCUGAGUCCGCUCAGGGUCAAAAGGUAGAAAAUGUACAGAAUUUGAGUUCUUCUGAGCCGAAGCCUAUUCAAGAGAAUAAAGGACAUGUGAAGAAAGAGUAUGAAGGAAUAACAAUCUUAGUUCGAAGAAGCAGCAGCUCCGCCGAAUUGGAUUUAAAAGAUGAUUUGCAGCAGAUGCAAGGAAAAUGUAGGGAAAGACAGAAGAGCGAAAGUGUCAGCAGUGACACGGCUCUGGGCUAUAACAAUGAGGCCGAGUUGUCCAUGAGCUCAUGGCAGACCUGUGAGGAAGAUGCAGACCUGAACACUCCCACAGAUGUGGCUGACUCCGAUGCCCGCCAUUGGUUACAACUGAGUCCCGCCGAUGCUUCAAACUUAACAGAUAGCAGUGAAUGCCUUGCAGACGACUGUAGCAUAAUCGCCGGAGGGAACCUCACUGGUUGGCACCCAGACUCUGCUGCUGUAUUAUGGCGAAGAGUCUUGGGAAUCCUCGGAGAUGUGAAUAAUAUCCAGUCGCCCAAGAUCCAUGCCAAAGUUUUUGGCUAUCUCUAUGAACUCUGGUAUAAACUAGCAAAGAUACGGGAUAAUCUUGCAAUAAGCCUGGAUAACCAAACUUCUCCAUCUCCUCCGGUCUUGAUCCCACCACUCAGAAUGUUUGCAUCAUGGCUAUUUAAGGCGACGACAUUGCCAAAUGAAUAUAAGGAAGGCAAACUGCAAGCCUACAAACUGAUCUGUGCCAUGAUGACCAGACGCCAGGACGUUCUGCCAAACUCAGACUUCCUGGUGCACUUUUACCUUGUGAUGCACCUGGGAUUAACCAGCGAGGAUCAGGAUAUCUUAAAUACCAUUAUAAGGCACUGUCCGCCCCGCUUUUUCUCCCUGGGUUUGCCUGGCUUCUCAAUGCUGGUGGGGGACUUCAUCACGGCUGCUGCCAGGGUCCUCGGGACAGACAUGCUGGCGGCCCCUCGUUCAGAAGCUCUCACCAUUCUCGGUUCUCUCGUCUGCUUUCCCAACGUCUACCAGGAGAUCCCUCUGCUGCAGUCCGUGCCGGAAGUUGGUGAAGUCAUCGCAGGAACCGAAGAUGUCAAGCAUUACCUCAUAAAUAUUUUACUGAAGAAUGCCACAGAGGAACCAAGUGAAUGUGCAAGAUGCAUUGCCAUUUGCUCCCUCGGGGUCUGGAUAUGUGAAGAACUUGCACACUGUACGAGCCAUCCUCAGCUGAAAGAGGCCAUCAAUGUGAUAGGUGUCACUUUGAAGUUUCCUAACAAAAUCGUGGCUCAGGCAGCUUGUGAUGUUCUUCAGUUGCUGGUUUCCUACUGGGAAAAGCUUCAGACGUUUGAAACCUCUCUGCCUCUGAAGAUUGCAGAAAUCCUUGUGGCCACAAUUGCUUUUCUUUUACCAAGUGCAGAGUACUCCUCAGUGGAAACAGAUAAGAAGUUCAUUGUGUCCUUGCUCCUCUGCCUCUUGGACUGGUGCAUGGCAUUGCCAGUGAGCGCCCUGCUCCGCCCGGUGUCCACGGCGGCCCUGGAGGAGCAGCACUCACGCAGAGCCCCUUUGCUGGAUUACAUCUACAGAGUUCUGCACUGCUGUGUUUGUGGCUCAAGCACAUACACCCAACAGAGUCACUACACACUGACCCUGGCUGACCUGUCAUCCUCAGAUUAUGACCCCUUCCUGCCACUGGCAAACGUGAUGAAUUCUGAGCCAGUCCAAUAUCACUCAUCAGCAGAACUGGGCAACCUGCUUACUGUUGAAGAGGAGAGGAAGAGACGAAGUUUGGAGCUGAUCCCUCUUACUGCCCGCAGGGUGAUGGCCCACCUGGUGAACCACCUGGGACACUUCCCCCUCCGUGGGGGCCCGGCCGUGCUGCACAGCCUGGUCAGUGAGAACCACGACAACACACACGCGGAAGCCUCUGAGCUCUCCUCCGAGGUGUUCAGGAGCCCGAACUUGCAGCUGUUUGUAUUUAAUGACAGCACCCUCAUCUCCUACCUCCAGACUCCCACAGAAGGCCUGGCAGGCGGCUCACCAGCGGGGGCUCUCUCGGACGUGAGAGUCAUUGUAAGGGACAUCUCAGGGAAGUACUCUUGGGAUGGGAAGGUGUUGUAUGGACCUUUGGAAGGCUGCUUAGCACUCAACAGCAGAAAUCCUUCAUUUCUGAUUUCGGGCUGGCAUCAUCAAACAUUUGGACCUCCGAGAGAUUGUUCUCAAACUGAGGAGGGAGAGGAUGCCCUCGACAAAUUACUUGAAAACAUUGGCCACACAAGUCCUGAAUGCCUUUUACCAUCGCAGUUAAAUCUAAAUGAGCCUUCCCUACCCCCAUGUGGAAUGAAUCGUGACCAAGAGAAGGAAAUCAUCGAGGUCAUUUUGCGCCAGAACGCACAAGAAGCCGAGCAUGUUCGGAGGAGUAACUCCGAUUCGGCCAUGAGAGUCACCAGCCAGGAGCAGCCCUCACCCGUGGAGCCCCGAGGACCCUUUUAUUUCUGCAGGUUGCUGCUUGAUGACUUGGGAAUGAAUUCUUGGGACAGAAGGAAGAAUUUUCAUCUAUUGAAGAAAAAUUCAAAAUUAUUGAGAGAACUAAAAAAUCUGGACUCCCGUCAGUGCCGUGAAACGCAUAAAAUUGCAGUGUUUUACAUUGCUGAAGGUCAAGAAGACAAGUGUUCAAUCCUCUCCAAUGAAAAAGGAAGCCAAGCAUAUGAAGACUUUGUUGCUGGACUUGGAUGGGAGGUGGAUCUCUCAACCCACUGUGGGUUCAUGGGCGGACUUCAGCGCAACGGCAGCACAGGACAGACCGCCCCUUACUAUGCUACCUCGACUGUGGAAGUGAUUUUCCACGUUUCCACUCGGAUGCCAUCAGACUCAGAUGAUUCACUCACCAAAAAGCUUCGUCACUUGGGGAAUGACGAGGUCCACAUCGUCUGGUCUGAACACUCCAGGGACUACCGCAGGGGCAUUAUCCCAACCGCCUUUGGAGACGUUUCAAUCAUUAUUUACCCAAUAAAGAAUCACAUGUUCUUUAUCACGAUAACGAAGAAACCAGAGGUUCCAUUUUUUGGGCCUCUGUUUGAUGGAGCCAUAGUGAGUGGGAAGCUACUGCCAAGCCUCAUAUGUGCCACGUGCAUCAACGCCAGCAGGGCCGUGAAGUGCCUCAUCCCACUCUACCAGAGCUUCUACGAGGAGCGAGCCCUCUAUCUCGAAGCCAUAAUUCAGAACCACCGCGAAGUAAUGACAUUUGAGGAUUUCGCAGCCCAAGUCUUCUCUCCGUCUCCCAGCUACUCCCUCGGUGGAACGGAUUAAAAUACGUAAAGGUCUCGUUGCCAUCUUUGAGCAAGGGCCCUGGCCGCCAGCCUGAGUGCCUACCUCACGCCUCUCGGCCAGGAGAUGGCCGAGCCCCCAGCCCCACCAGAACCUCCAGACCCAGAGACUCCGGACACUGCUGUGCUGGUGCCCUCAGAGGCCUUCCCGCCAACCGGCUCCUGAAGUGAAGACAAACCCCGCGGGAAUGUUGCCGAUUGGACUUUCAGACCAGGCGGUGUGGUCUUGCCCUCCAACCGCACGGAACCUGGGCCUUCAAAAGAAGAAAAGAAAAAGUCAGCAACAAACAGAGACUCAGCCGCCCUGGCAUGGGCAUCGGUGAAGCUGCUCCCGGCAGGCACUGCGGAGAAGAGCCAGGCUUUGGGGGAGGGCGCAGGGCCGCUGGGUUCUGUACCAGGUUCUGUCCUUGUCGAUAAACCCAAGCCUGCUUCACAGAGGGGCCCGCAAAGCAACUGUGCAAUUGAUUGAGGAAUUUUCCCUGCCUUGAUUUUCCUAGUUCUUAGUUAGAAUUCAUGGUUUACUCAGAAAUUUCAUCAUCAAGGAAAUGGGCUCCCCCUGGGGUCUUUGCCCAGCCGUUCUCCCUCAGGGGCUGGUUUGCCACCUGGUGCCUGGGGCCCACUAACUGGAGAGAGGCUUUCCUGAGCGUCCUGGAGGCACUCUGUCGCGACAGUGACACUCCUGUCACGCACUCAGUGUUUCUAGAAAUGCAGGGCCCUGUCCCUGGGGAGCUCCGUAGUCCAGGGAGCUCCCAAGGCCCCGCUCAGCGCAGCCUCGCUCUGGGCCCAGCCUCGCUGGUGCUGGGGGAGGGACUUGCACCCUGCGAUGUCCAUCCGCCUCCAAAGGCUGUGCCCACGCCGAGCUGGCCUGCCCGCUGCCCAGAGAGGGCCACGCAGGGGCCUCAGAAAUGCUUCCCAUCACACAGAGCUCUAGGGUAGCAGAUGCCAAGCAAGGAUUUGAGGGAUGCACAAUGAGCCUAUUUUUAAAAGAAGAAAAAGAAAACAAUGGAAAGCUCAACCUUCCGCCAGCAUUUUCCCAGCCCCUGCUGGGGUCUGUGGGUGUGAGACAGAAAUCAAUCAGGGGGGACACCUUUGCCUCUCACCUGGGCCCUCGCCCGUCUCAGUCUGGAGUUUGGCCCACCACCCUGUGCAGUCCUUACCUGUAAGGUGGUUUCACAGCCCACAGGCCCAGACCAGAGUAAGCCCCUGGCUCAGGAUGGGGUGGAGACCGAGUGGGGGUGGGCAGCUGCUGGCCAAGGCCCCAGGCAGGAGCUGGGUGGGCCAGCAUGGGUGCUCUCCCUCUCUCCUCUGCCCGCUGCCCUGCACCCAUGAGUGUUGCCCCGGCCUGCUUUGUCACUUUUCCCGUGAGCCCUCUGAGCAUGCUCGCCCCAUCAGAGCGUCAGAGCAGCGGUUCCCGGCCAGCAGUUCUUUCUGUCAGCCGGCGGGUUGGUGUCCUGGUACCUGAUCUGGAGGAGAAACAGGCAGACCCAGGAGCAGGACUUCCUUUUGGGACAGUUGAGAAAGUCUCCCACGAGGAGAGCGGGCCUUCUCAUUCCAGAGGGAACUUGCUCUUCUGCUUGCUGGAGGGUUGCAGGUGUGGCUGGGGGCCCAGGCCCGCUACACAGAGCACCCGAGCACCGUCUGAACGUGAGAGAAUGAGGGAUGUUCCGAGGCAGAAGACGGAGCCCUGGUCAUUCGGAGCUGUUCUAUAGACAGGCCUGUGCUCACUCCUCGGGCUGACUGGCAGUGUCAAGGGUGACUGGGAGUCACAGCGUUUUCUGUUGUCUCAGCAAAUGUCAGGAGUUUUAUCUUCCUCUCCCCCCACACAGACACCUUCUUAAUGAUGUGGACUUUCUGUUCGCAUGGUUUGGCCCAUCACUCACACUCCAGACUGGUGUUGAGUUGCUUUAUUUCAUAUUUGCAAAGUCCCCUGUUCCUGCUGAAAAGGCCACUGCAUGUUCCUGGGCUUGGAAACCCACGGAGGCUCUGAGGGGAAGUAGCUUCUAGAACAGUUCAUCUUCAGGCCCUAGACACCCCCACAGAAGGCUUGGAUUCAGUCCCAGUGUUGGGACUUGGAAGGCGUGUUGAGCUCCCCUGGACUUCCGCGCCAUGGUUCCAUUUCACCUCCAGGACCCAGUCCUCCUGGCCCUGCAGCGGGAAACUCCAUUGUAAGUUGCCAAUGGUUAGACCUUCUUGCCAUCUCUAAUGAUUUCAGUGGCCCUGGGACUUCAGCUCACAACCAGCGGUUUCGCAGCUGGAGCUUUUCCUGAGCUGUGGUCUGAAGAUGCUGAGUGGGGGAGCGGGGAUCUGCAGCCAGGUUUGCUUGCAGUCAUGUGGACGUGAAUCAUUUUGUUAUUUGGGGUGGAAAAUUGAAAUGAUCAAGUCUUUUUUUUCUUUUUCACUUAGAAAAGCAAAUAUUAUGUUUUGUAAUAGAUGCCUUUCAGCAAAAUUGGGAGGGUCACUCAUCCGGUGGGGACCCACCUGAGUCAGAUUAGUAGGGCAGCCAGCCAUCCGUACACAACAGUGGCCCUAAUGGCCCAAAAUGGAUAAGACUCGAUGGCUUCCAGGCAAGACCAGGCCGGUUCCCUCAGUGCUCUGCAUGCUGAUGUCCUGUAGUCUCACUGAGUAGGUUUUUGUACAUAAAAAAAAAAAAAAUAGUAAUGCCACAAAAUGAUUACGUCUUUUAAAA